AAAGGACCCAAAGUAUGGAGGCCGGGGUGGUUUUGUAGUGCCAGUCUCGGGCACGCACACCAGCUAGUGCAUGGAUUGGAGUGGUUUCACCACAUUUUGUAAAAAAUGUGCCUAAUUUGAAGUUGCCUUAGUCCAGGACACAGCCACCCAGGAUGGCUCUGAUCGAGGGCGUGGGCGAUGAGGUGACUGUGCUCUUCGGAGUUGUGUUCCUCUUGCUCGUCCUGGUCCUGGCCUGGGCCUCUACACACACGGCUGAGCCACCCGAGCACCUUGUCCCAUCCAGCUCAGGCCCUGUCCCCUCGGCAGAGCCAGAAACCCAAGAGCCCCACCCCCCUAGUGACCUUACCUCUCCAUCUCGAAGCUCAAGGGAAGAUGAUAAGACUGAGGCAGGAGCUGACCAGGGAGCUGAGGAGCACGAGGGCAGUGCAGAUGCUGCAGGAGAAGAAAGCCUGUUGUGGGCAGAUGGUCUGAGACACAGAGACGUCUUGGGACCUUCACUCAGCACGCAGCCAGCAGACAGUGCCUCAAGCGCCACACAGGUGUCCACUUCUGAAGACGUGCCCAGUAACACUGAGAGAAACAUGAUACUGAGGCUGAAGUUUCUGAAUGACACUGAGAGAAUAGCACAGGUCAACCCUGAGGACACCAUCGGUUACAUUAAAAGGACCUACUUUGCUGGCCAGGAGCACCAGGUACGUCUGAUCUACCAGGGCCAGCUCCUCCAGGAUGAUGCCCAGACUCUGGCCUCCCUUAACCUCGCUGAUAACUGCGUUCUGCACUGCCACAUCUCGCAGCAUGCUACACGGGCGAUGCCUGCAGGUGCUCGCGCUGCCGACCAGGUGCAUGUGGCACUGAACGUAGGGAGCCUGAUGGUCCCUCUGUUUGUGCUCAUGCUGUCCGUUCUCUGGUACUUCCAAUUUCAGUACCGCCAGUUCUUCACUGCUCCUGCCACCGCCUCUCUUGUGGGCAUUACCAUUUUCUUUAGUUUUGUCGCGUUCGGAGUGUACCGCCGUUAAUUACCAGAGCUUCACCUGGCGCAUACACUUAGCCUACAUACACAUGCCAGCACCAUUGUACAUUGCUUCUGGGAUCUCUGGACUCUCUUGAAUUUGUUGAAGGCCAUGAUUUCAGAAAGGUCUUAAUGUGAUGUCUGUAUUAGUCAAUUACAUUUGCAGGUUUUAUGCUCGUCACACAAUAAUGUGCUCUAUAUUUAAUUUUUAGAUUUUUAAUAUUUAGAAAUGCUCAUUGUGCCUAUCCUAUUUUUUUUUCUUUCAUUUUUGGCUUUGCAGGCUGCCAGUGUGUAGCUGGUGCUUGCUUAUGGGAGGGUUUGGUAGUCACAUGACUGUUCAAACUUUCAGGCAGAUUUAUCUGUCUCUCUGUCUGUCUGUCUCUCUCAACAGACAGUGCUGCUGAUGUACGUCAGGACUGUUGAAGUACUUUGUGUAAAAAAGGAAAAAAAAAGAGGAUUUUGAAACAAAGGCAUAAUCUAUUAAAUCAUUCUUUUAUUUA